CAGGCUACUGGAUCUGUCCAAGAGCUAGUACUUCAAUUGUCAGUGGAAAAAAAAGAGAGGCUUCUAGAGGCUUCAGGAUCAUGAACUGCAGCAAUGGAUGCCGUACAGAUCGCAAACACUGCUUUUGCAGUUGAUGUAUUCAAAAAGCUGGCUGAAAAGGACAAAACCACUAAUAUUAUUUUUGCUCCACUUUGUACUUCAACCUCUCUGGCUCUUGCUUAUAAAGCUGCCAAAGGUGACACAGCAGCCCAAAUGAAACAGGGUCUUCAUUUAGAAAAUGUCAAAGAUGUUCCUUUUGGAUUCCAAACGAUUACAGCUGAUGCUUCCAAACUUAGUACAUUUUAUUCACUGAAAAUGGUCAAGAGGCUCUAUGCAGAAAAGUCUCUUAACCCAACUACGGAGUUUCUCAGUUCUAUCAAAAGACCCUUCCCAUCAGAAUUUGAACUGGCAGAUUUUAAAGAUAAAUCAGAAGACACCAGGCUGCAAAUCAACAAGUCUGUUUCAGAACUGACUGAUGGUAAAAUGGAGAACAUUUUGAUUGAGGGGAGUGUGAAUGAUCAGACAAAGAUCCUCCUGAUAAAUGCUGCCUAUUUUGUAACAAACUGGAUGAAGAAAUUUCCUGAGGACCAAACUAAGGAGUGUCCUUUUAGAAUAAGCAAGACUGAAACCAAACCAGUGCAGAUGAUGAACCUGGAAGCUACGUUUUGUCUAGGCUACAUAAAUGAUCUAAAGACCAAGAUUCUGGAACUCCCCUGUCAUAACAAGCACAUGAGCAUGCUCAUCUUGCUGCCAAAAGAUAUUGAGGAUGAUACCACUGGAUUAGAACAGCUUGAGAAGGAGCUCAGCCCUGAGAAGCUGCUACAGUGGACCAAUCCAAGUAUGAUGGCAAAUGCCAAAGUGAACGUGUUUCUUCCUAAAUUCAAAGUGGAAGGGGAAUAUGAUUUCAAACCUAUUUUAGAAAGCCUUGGCAUGACUAAAAUGUUUGAUGAAAGUGCAUCAGAUUUCUCUGAAAUGUCAGAGACCAAAGGGGUCACCUUGUCCCAGGUCAUUCACAAAGUCUCCCUGGAAGUCGUUGAAGACGGGACAGAGUCCCGAGAUGUACCAGGAUACCGGAUCCUGCAACACAAAGAUGAAUUUAAAGCUGACCAUCCAUUUCUUUUCUUCUUCAAGCACAACAAAACCCGCAGUAUUGUUUUUGCUGGCAGAUUCUGUUCUCCAUAAACAGAAAUGUUUCAUUAAGAAAAAGCUGGUUUAUAGGUCUCUUACUAUCAUUUUUCUGUAAAACUUGAAAACCUGGGUAUGAACACCAAAAGAUAAUUUAAACUGUUUCAUAUGUCAAGCAGGUUGUACACUGUACUUUUUAUGUGACGUAAUCCUUCAAAAUAGAGUUGAUCAUACUCUCCAUAAGCAGCAUUAAACUGUCCAUAAUUUUAUAUUACAAUAUCCAGAAUAGUGUAGUUGAUUUUUUCUUCAUCCAGGGUAACUAUGAACUUUAUUUUUUGCAUAGUGCAUGGCUCACAACAAUCUCCUCAGACAGUAAAGCACUAGGGAGCUAAAACUACCGUAUAUUCCGGCAUAUAAGAC